AUGCCUCUCGGAAACGACAAUGUGCCUAACGCAUCUGGGCUGACUACACAAGAGACAAAGGCUCUGAAAGAGAGAAACGUUUGUCCACACGAAGAGAAAAUUGUCCAAGGCAUCAAAGAGUUAUAUUCCUGCAAGCCCUCGGAGGAAUCGUACAAGAUCUAUGCGCACCAUGCGGUCUUUCACGACCCGAUCGGCAUUGCGGAGGGCAUAGAGGCCAUUCGUGCACAAUUCAACGGACUGUCUAAGAUUUUUCCUCGAGCAGACGUGACUCGCUUUCGCCUGCUGGAGAAUCCUUCGUCGGUUCCGACGAGUACAAUUCUGAUCGACCAAGAUGUCACUUAUUUCCGAGACCCGUCUGGUACUCCCACCAAGACCGUAAAUUCGUUGCUCACCUUGCAAACCAAUGACGAAAAUCAACUCAUUCGUCACACUGAGGAAUGGGACCACAAGCGCGAGACCACGCGGGAUGAUGGUUUUUUCGGCAUGCUGAACGAACAAAGGAAGAAAAUCACCGCCGGUCUGACGGGAAAGUUCAUCAGUCAAGACCCGUCCGCUGGCGUCAGCUCCAAGUAA